CAGGCUUCGUGCUGUUUGGCGCAAUCGGUCAAUAUUUUGGACAUCCGAUGAUCCAUUAAAGGACUUUCACGCCGCAAUAAUGUAGCUGUGAGGAGAAUGACAUGAUCACAUUGUAUGGGCAUGGUCAUUAUGAGGUAUAUAUAUCCAUACACAUGCAGCUGGCCACUGAUUGAGCUAGUAUAUGUGUAUGACAUGGAUAACUUAUAGAUAGAAGGAAAUGGCAGUGAACAAUCACAUCUUAUCCGCAAUGAAGAGGAAGGACGUGGAGAGAGCCUCCAUGUUGCUGCUAACCCCGGGUUAUGAUGUCAACACAGUCUCCAGAUCAGCAGGCACCCCUCUGAACUAUGCCACCAAAAUGGGAUUGAUUCCAUUGAUUGAGAAACUGAUCAGCCUGGGAGCUGACAUCAACUGUCUGGACAAAGAUAAAAACACAGUUCUCCACCAUGCUUGUCAACAUGGUCCAAGGGAGAUCAUCCAAAUCCUAGUCAAAGCAGGAUGCAGUCUGUAUAAGGCCAAUGCGGACGGUGACUUGCCGAUUCAUCUGGCCGCUACCAGCGGUCACACCGAGGCUGUGGAGGAACUGUUGCACGCUGGGAUGGAUAUCGACGCCUUGAACACGAUCACUGAACACACCCCACUGGAACUGGCUGUGUGUUAUGAACAAGUUCACAUGGUGGAGUUUCUGUUGAACAGGAAGGCCAAACUUGAAAUUCCUUCGCGAAAAACAAUGGGAGAUACUGCCCUGCACCAAGCAUCACACAUGGGAAACGUGGCCCUGAUAGAGACUCUAUUAAAGUUCGGAGCAGACGUCAACCAGAUGAACUCGAGCGGUGAGACUCCAUUCCAGACGGCAGUGUCGGACAAUAGACUGGCAUCGAUGAAAGCCCUGAUCUUGGCAAACUGCGACAUGAACAAAUAUCGCUACAUUUCACCGCUGUCUCUAGCCUGUCUCGGAAACAGACACAGAAUCAUACGAUACUUACUCUCAGAGGGUUACAACGUCUCCGCGGACCAAAGCUUUAAAGAGGUUUCUAACGUCAGACUUGAAGAGACAGCACCAUUACUGCUGGAACUGCUUCAUUAUAAAUGUGCCAAUCCCCCGACACUCAAGGAAGCGUGUCGGUUCAAGAUGCGGAGGAUUCUGGGUAAAUGGCUCACUGAAGCUGCCACAAGUCUUCCCUUACCAAAACUGUUGAUGGAAUGGGUAAACAAUGACUUCAUAUACUGACAGUUUUUUGAUACUGCUGCAGUUAUUUUGUAUUUAAAUGAACUAGUACCUCUUAACCUGUAAUAAGCCUGUCCAAGUGAAGGCAUAUGAGAAUGUGCAGGCUUUUUUCAAAAAUUAAUUUGCAAGCAAGCUACAUAUACAUGUAGUGUGAAAGGUAUUUUUUGGUUGAAAUAUGCCAGCUUUUGGUAAUUAUGAUGUUAAAGUAUCAUGGGGAUGUGCUGGCUACAGGAUUGGGGGGGGGGCUUUUUUUCUUUUUUACAAAUUAGUUUGCAAGAAACUAAGCAUAAAAAAAAAAUCAAUACUUGGUUAGAAAAAUCACUUACUGA